CCCACCCCUGGUGGAUCGACCCACACGCUCGGCGCAUGUUUGCAGCAUGGCCUCUUCGGCUAAGAAGAGGGCAGUGGGUCUAGGGAAGAAUCCCCGGGAAAGCGAUGAAAGCUCGGACAACAGUCUGGGGGGAGAUGGCGAUUCCUCCAGUGAGGACAGCGAAGCGUCCGAAGAGGAGAUUAACGAGGAGGUGACGGUGGACUUCGAAGGGCACGCCGUUACGCACAACGACUUCAAUGGCAUCAAGAAGCUCUUACAGCAGCUGUUUCUGAAGGCUCACGUCAACACGUCAGAGAUGACCGACAUCAUUAUCCAGCAGAACCACGUGGGAAGUGUCAUCAAACAAGCAGAGGUGCCCGAAGACAGUGACGAUGACGACCCAGAUGAAGUGUUUGGCUUCAUCACCAUGCUGAACCUCACAGAACAAAAGGGCGUGCAGUGCGUGGAGCAAGUGAAAGAGCUGAUCCUGGACCAGUGCGAGAAGUGCUCAGGCCGCGUCGCCGCCGAACAGCUGGAGCAGAUGCUCGGCGACACCGCCAAGCCCGUGGGCCUCCUGCUGAGCGAGCGCUUUGUCAAUGUGCCGCCGCAGAUCGCCCUGCCGCUGCAUAAGCAGCUACAGGAGGAAAUCUCUGAAGCGGAGCGCACCAACAAGCCCAGCGGGAAGUACCACUACUGCCUGAUGAUCAGCAAGACCUGCAAGGAGGCCGGCAAGGGCGUUCCCGCCCCCAAGGACGAAUACACGUUCAUCAAUGCUGAGGAGGAGUUUUUCUAUGAGCAUGCCGUCUCCACGUUCCACUUCUCGGUGCAGGACGACGCAGACUCGUGCCUGAGCGGCCGCUGGUCCUUCGACGACGUUCCCAUGAAGCCGUUCCGCACGGUCAUGUUGAUCCCGGUGGACCGGAUCCCCGCCAUCAUGGACAAACUUAAAGAAUAUCUGACCGUGUGACGACUGGUUGCAUCACAGAAUAAACGGCAGGGGGGAAAUUCACCACAUCCCGGGAAAAAAAACAAAACGAACAGUCAUUAUUGUUAUUGCAAAGAUUUAAUAUGGUGAUGCAAAUGUGCAGCAGGAUGGGGGAGGAAACCUUUGGAAGGACUCGGAAAUUGUUGAUUAUACUUUUACCAUCAUGGUUUUGGGGCUUUUUAGAGGAUUUCAGAAAAUGUACUAGAUUCAAUUCAAUUUUCUACUCCGUGUUUAUAAAACUAUAAAAGUCUGGUGAUGAUGAAGACAAAAUAAACUGGACUGAUUA